GAAACUUUUCAGUUUGUCAUCAUCCUCUUUCUGAAUACUGACUCAUUAUUUCAGCCUGUAUAAGUAUGUUGGUUACGCAUGCAUGUGCCCAUGGAUAUGCUGACCUUAGCACAAUAAUAGUGGUUCAGAAUUGAGCAACUUCUGGAGUCGAUCAGCUCUUAGCAGUUAUUCUACCUAAUGUAAACACUGGCAGCAGAAGUGGUUUGCACAGGGCAAAGGUGGGGAAUCUCAGGCCAAGGAACCAAAUAUGGCCCCCAAGCCUCUCUAUCUAGCCCUCAGGCCUUUCCCCAGGCCACAUCUCCUCUCCAGGCCACACCCCUCACCAGCCCUGCUCUCAGGCCUCUUGAAAUGAUUUUGCCUGACUAGAAUUUGUCCUUGAACUGUGAAAAUGUCUUUUGUUUGCCUUGAUGGAGGGGUGUGUGUGACUUUUGCAUGGCUGAAAUAUAGCCUACUGCACAAUGGUAAAAGUCAGAUAUGUUGGUGCACCCACUUUUUGCCUCUGGCUUCACCCACCACUGGUACUUGGUCCCCAGAGUGUUGUUCAUUAUGAGGGAAUGUUGCCCUCAUGCUGAAAAAGAUUCCCCAACCCUGCCUUAAAGGAACUGGAUAUAUGUUGAGUCUGAUGAGUUUUUGUAAGGUAGGCAAUGCUCUUCACCUCAUCCUAGCCUGCAGAAAUAUGGAGCAUUGUGGAUGUGCAGCCUGAGUCUCUGCAUGUUUACUCAGAAAUAAGUUCCACUGAGUUCUGCUCUCACCAAGUAACUAUGCAUAGAAUUGCAGCUCUGAUUCACAAUCCUGCUCUUCUUCUUCCACUCCCGUCUAAAAUACUGUAUGAAAACAUCACCCAGAGGAGGCUGGAAUAACUCCAAGGACAAAGUUCAACAGAUCAGCCUAUUUGUGAAGGUUUAACCUAUAUUCUUAAUCAUUACUGUGAAGGAAUGUUGUUUGCUCUAUAGUUCCUGAAGAGAGAGUAACGUGCAGGAAGUAAGGUGACAGCUGAAGAAAAUUGUCUUAAAAAGGAGGUGAGACUGUCCCUAUCCCUGAUAGCAUUUAGACCAUGGAGGGAGAACACGAACAUCCCUAUGCACUAAUAAAUGUUAUAGGAGGCAUAGAUGGAGUAUAUGAAGAUCACGUGGAGUUCCUGGAGAAACAUCUUAAACUCGUUACCAUGAAGGAAUUUAUUGAAAACAAGCAAGUUCUCAGUCAUAAAAUCAAAGCAAUUUUUAUGUGGAUUCACAAACCAGUAGUUGACAGGGAGCUCCUGCAAAGCUUGCCUAAUUUAAAGGUGAUUGCAAACUCUGGUGUAGGAGUGGAUCACCUGGACCUAAAACUGAUCUCCAGCUUUGGUGUGAAAGUAGCUAACACCCCAUUUGCCAUUUCCAAAUCAACAGCAGACUUGGGGAUAGCUUUGAUGCUGGCUUCUGCUAGGAGGAUUGUGGAAGGUCAUCAAAUUGCAGUUUCUCCUGACACUAAACAUUUUAUGGGUGACUGGUUAGGAGAAGAAAUUACCAGUGCAACUUUGGGGAUCAUCGGAAUGGGUUCUGUUGGGUAUAAAGUGGCCCAGAGAGCCAAAGCCUUUGAAAUGAAAAUUCUUUAUCACAACAGGAACCGGAGAAAUGAAGUUGAUGAACAGGAUGUUGGUGCUGUUUAUUGCCAAAAGAUGGAAGACUUACUCCAGCAAUCUGACUUUGUGAUAUUGGUUGUGACCUUGACGCCUCAAACAUACAAGCUGAUUGGAAAAAAGGAACUAGAGCUCAUGAAAUCCACAGCUACUAUUAUCAACAUCAGUAGAGGUCAAGUGGUUGAUCAAGACUCAUUAGUGAACGCAUUGAAAAAUGGAGUUAUUAAGGCUGCCGCUUUGGAUGUAACAUACCCCGAGCCAUUGCCAAGAGAUCAUGCUUUAUUACAUUUAAAGAAUGUAAUAAUAAGUCCUCACAUUGGAAGUGCAACUUCACAGACUCGUUGCCUUAUGAUGAAAAACAUGGUUGAAAGUAUCCUGGCUGGUGUCAAUGGUCUUCCAGUUCCUAAUGAAGUACACGUGUAACAUUCUGCAUAUAAUGCUUGUGAAAUGUUCAUUCUCUGUAUGUUAUGCUAUAUCUGUCUCCAAGUUUUCAUAUGAAAAUUAUGUAUUUGAUUUUUAUUUUCACUGGGAAACAAAA